AUGGCCCCCGACGACGAUGAAGAUUACUUCGUCCCUCUUGAAGACCAACGAGUCUUCGGCGCCGGCAUCAGUCGCAAACGCGUGAACUUUGUACGCUCCUCCGACCACGAACUCAACACGACCCGCAUAUCGUCUGCGCCGGCACCCUCAACGCAGACAGGGCCUUCCAUCGCAAACAAAUACCUCUCUAUUGUACUAUCCAAGAACCAGUCCUCAGAAUCCACAAAACCGGACACAUCUACUCCCCCUCCGUCCACCUCCGACCCGAACGCCACACAUUCCGCUCCUCCAUCCCCAUCCGCAUCGUCCCAACCUCACGAUGCCCCCGCCGCGCGCUGCGAAGUCUGUCAACUCCCCCUGGCUGAAAGCACAGAUGGAUCCUCCGGUGCCACAGAGAACCGACCGCACGAAGCCUCCCUCGCGCAUCAGGUGUGUCUAACGCACUCGCACCCUCCCUCACAUCUCGACCGCUCUCGGCACGGCCUGCGCUAUCUCUCGGCCUACGGGUGGGAUCCCGAUAGUCGAAGAGGUCUUGGAGCUCCGGGGCGAGAGGGGAUUCGAGAGCCGUUGAAGGGGAAGUUGAAGGUCGAUACGGUGGGAUUAGGUGCGGAGGGGGAUCCGGAAGAGAGGGGCAAGAAGCCGAAAAUGAAGAGUCGAGCGCCGGCGGCAAAGGUCGAGAAGCUGAAUGCGAAACAGGUGCGGAAGGGACAUGCGGACGCGAAGAAACGAGGAGAUCGUCUGCGGGAGAUGUUCUAUCAGAAUGAUGACGUGCAGAAGUAUCUCAGUGGAGGGGGAUAG